UCUCUUUUUGGUCCGUAUAUUCAAUGCUAUAAAAUCCUGUGCUUUUAAUGUCUGUUUUCAAGUGAUUACUAUUAUUAUUGAAAUAGCUUAAAAGAAAGAAAACAGGGGAGGCUUGGUCACCAUGGAUGUUGUGAAUCAGUUGCAGAGACAGUUCAUUGACUACUCUGCAUCACUACACCGUGAGGGAUUUUUGGAUGAUCAGUUUACUCAGCUCCAAAAACUGCAAGAUGAUAACAGCCCUGAUUUUGUGGUUGAGGUAGCUUCUCUUUUCUUUGAAGAUUGUGAGAAGCUUAUUAACAACAUGGCCAGAGCUUUAGAGCAACAACAAGGGGUUGAUUUCAAGCAAGUGGAUGCUAGUGUCCAUCAGCUAAAGGGUAGUAGUUCCAGCAUAGGUGCAAUGAGGGUUAAAGAUGUAUGCAUCGCUUUCAGAAGCUUUUGUGAAGCCCAAAAUCGAGAAGGGUGUUUGAGAUGCCUGCAACAGGUGACUCAUGAAUACUCCCUACUGAAGAACAAGCUUCAAACCUUAUUCAGGCUGCAGCAACAAAUCCUGGCAGCUGGUGGAUCAAUUCCAGUAGUGGAAUAAAUAACCAUUCAUAUCAUCCUCAUGGUAGAGCAAAGGAAAAGUUGAAACAGCUGAUACUACUUAUUGUUUGAUACCAUUUUCUGAAGAGGUUUUGUAUUUAAUUAAUUGCAGCAUUGUUGCAUGUUACUGAAGGGUUUUGCUUAGAUUUGCAUCUAAAACCUGUAUGAGGAAUAGGGUAAGGCUGUGAAUAAACUGCAAAAAGCAUAUAUACACAUAUGGUAGUUCUGUUUCUAUUUUA